GGACACAGCGGCCGUGACAUGGUCGUCGUUGACAGCUACGUGCGUAGGACGAGUGACUACCACCAUCAGAACGGUAGGGCAGGCAAACUUGUUUGGCCGGCCGGCGCGACGUUCACUUGCUUCUUUGGAGCCGAGCCACUGUCUCGUCCAAUGCCUGCGGCGGCUGCCAUGGAGGCCGGGAGCCCGUGCCGUCCGGACGGCAGAACAAACGCAAUGGAAGAGAAGAACCGGCCGGAGCAGCGGCCAGCGAGUGGAGAAGAGAAGAACCGGCCCGCGCGACCGGGCCGUGCGUCGGUGGAACGGGCUGGCGGUUGGCGGGCCUCGUUUGCCGCGGUCGCAGGCGGGGCCACCCACAGGCAAGGCCUCGAGCCCUCGAGUCGACUGGACUCCCCUCGUCACUCAGGGAGCCACGCCCCGACGGCAAGGGACCGCACGGCGCCCGGCUGCGGCCGCAGCCGGGUGCGUGCUGAACUGCUGUGCCACGCCACUCACACUCGGCGACAAACCAUAACAGUGACCGCACUCACUCGAGUCUCCAGCUCCCUCCCCGCUUCCCGCCUGUCGCUUGCCUGGCCGCCGCCCUCGACCUCACCGUCCCCAACCCCAACCCUCUGCCCCCCGCCCCGCCCCAUGGAUCCCGACGCCGCCGACCUGCCGUGCGUCAUCCAGGCGCUCCCAGCCCACUCCCCAUCCGCCAACACCCUCCCGCCCCCACCCCUAGUCCAGGCCCUCCCGGCCCUCCACUCCCCCGCCAAAGACCCGCCAUUCGCAUCCGCCGCCACCCCCGCCUCCUCCUCCCGGCCGCCCAUGCGCCGCCCCCCGCCGUCCCUGCCUCCGCCUGCCCCGUCCCCACCGAGCCCGCGCCGCACCCGCUCGGGCGGCGCGCCCGAGUGGACGGCCGCCGAGACGCUCGCGCUCGUCGCCGAGGUCGCGGCCGUCGACGACGGCUGGUCCCGCUCCGUCUCCGCGUUCCAGAAGUGGGCCAUGGUCGCCGAGAACCUCGCCGCCUCCGAGACCUUCGCCUCGGGCCCCACGCGGCGGAGUGAGCGGGGGAAUAAGAGGGCGGCCGGUGAGUGCAGGCGGCGUUGGGAGGCACUGGCGGCGGAGUACGGGGCGGUGCGGCGGUGGGAGGUGCGCACGGGCGGGAGGUACUGGGAGAUGGGCGCGGCCGCGCGGAGAAAGGCCGGGCUCCCGGCGGAGUUCGACGCCGAGGUGUACGGGGCCAUGGACGCACUCAUACGGGUCGAGGAGGCGUUGCUUGCGGAUGCAGCUGGCGGUGUCGGGGGAGGGGAGGAUGUGGAGGGCUUGGUUGGUAGCGGCGGCGGCGUUGAGGUCAGAGAAGAGGACGGGGGUGAGGUUGAAGUUGCAGAAGACGAGGUCCAGGAGGAUGAAUCAGCGCAGGAGGAGGAGCAAGAGGAGGAAGAAGAAGGCGAGGAUGGGGAGGAAAUGCAGGCGGAUGUUGCCAAUGCUGAUGCAUCGAAUGACUUGGAAGGCCGUGAGAUGGGAACAAAUAGUGAACCCGAGAAAAGGCAAAACAAUGCAUGGGAGCUGGCCAACAAGCUACAUGAGAACGCGCAGCAUAUCCAUACCAUACUGCAAGAAGAAGCCAAUGAAGAUGCUGGCCAGAACCAUGUUCCUUGUGGUUCGAUGUCACCUGAUGCCAUGGAGACCUCCCGCCAAAAAGGCGACGAUCUCAUCAAAUCGCUUGGCGGUCUUGUGAGCUACUUGAACCAAUUCACCGAGCUGAUAAUGGAAAAUGGGUUCGAGAGUGUUGCCGCUAUGACCUGAUGUAAGCGAAGCAGGUUUCCUUUGAGAAGGAUUUGAUCAUGCUGCUGCUUAAUAGUAGGUUCUCUAUCUCCUCCACCUUUGUCUCUUGUAAAUACGAGGGCACUGUAAGACGCAGACGCAACUAAUCGACCGAUGUAGGUUUGUAGCAGACACUAAUUGCUGCGUGCACUGGCAUCUCUAUUGCUCACGCACGGCUUCAUGACCUUGAUGUAUGUUUUGAGCCAUUGGCAAGAUCAGAUGCUCACACCUGUUAUCUGGGGUUCCUUU